CCGAAUUACACCCGCCUACCCGUUUACCAACACGAAGUCGAACUGGAUCAUCUGCACCGGUAUGUAUACUAGUACCAGUACUACUGGUAGUACAUCCCCAACGUUCCAAGACCAACCACAUCAGAUCUACGACUAUUACCCUUUAGUUUGAUCCUUCCUACUGAACCUACCAAGCACAUCACGCCUUGAGGAAUACAUCCCACGCACAAUGACAUAAAUGAAAAAAAAGAUGACUAACACGAACACAACAUCCUGCUGCAGUGAUCACCAUUUCACCACCAAUGGCUAUGCUGCUCCCCCCGCAACCCCUCUCUCGAGAUACUUCGACCCGGAUUCAUCCGUCAUAUACCCGGGGGUCAUGGAGCCGCCCUUCCCAAUUAUUCCGGAGAUGGGAGACGAUUGUUAUAGUGUGGAUGGAGAUGAAGAUGAAGGGGAAUGGGUAGAUGGGAUGGUGGAUUCGGUGGUGAAGUGGGUGGUGGAAAAGGUACAGGAGUGACUGU